AUGGCCAACAAUUUGAGUUACAGAUUCUUCAGCAAGGUUGUCCACAAUGAGGCAAUGCGAACAGAUCCCCCUGAGAUCUAUGGCUGGAGGUCAACAGUCAUAGCUCUAUCUGCCGGAUGGGGUGCUAUGCUUUUCGGCAUGGACUCGUCCAUGAUCUCGGGUGUGGUCGUCUUGCCACAGUUUCUACGAAGAUUCGGCCUGGACAAAGCCAAUGGUGCUGUCGCCCUUGCCAACUUGCAAGCCAAUAUUGUAUCGACUCUACAAGCAGGAUGUUUCGCUGGUGCUAUCGUUGCGGCACCAAUGGCAGACAAGCUUGGGCGUCGAGUGUCACUUCUUAUCGCCGGAGUCAUUGUGCUUGUUGGAGUUAUCCUGCAGUUCUCAGCCUGGGGUCAUCUUGCACCCAUGUACGUUGGUCGCUUCAUCAACGGCUUCGGUGUUGGUAUCUGCUCGACCGUCGUCCCUACUUACGUGUCCGAAAAUGUACCUCGAGGUAUACGAGGUCUCCUCACUGGAUGCUACCAAUGGUUUAUUGUCACUGGCGGCAUGAUCGCAUUCUGGACGAAUUACGGUGCUGAUCUGCAUUUACCUGGCGACAGCGCUUGGAUUGUUCCUUUGGCCGUGCAAGGUAUUCCAGCAUGCCUCCUUGUGGGCUGCAUCUGGUACUGUAAUGAGUCACCGCGAUGGCUUGCCAAGCAAGAUCGCUGGGAAGAUGCUAAAAGGGUGCUCUCGCACGUGCGAAACCUGCCGCCUACACAUGAGUAUGUUGAACACGAGUUCAGUGAAAUGGUUCGACAGCUCGAGAAUGAAAAGCUCUUGAUGCAGGGUGCUGGUUUCAAGGUCCUUAUGAAGGAGAUGUGGACAAUUCCUGGCAAUCGAAAGAGAGCGCUUAUAUCAAUCACUCUCAUGAUAUGUCAGCAGAUGACUGGAACGAAUGCCAUCAACAGCUACGCACCACUGAUGUUCAGAAACAUGGGCAUCGUCGGAAGAAGUACGGGUCUAUUCGCCACAGGCAUCUACGGAAUCGUCAAGGUAGUCUCCUGCACUAUAUUCCUCCUAUUCUUAGCGGAUACUCUUGGGCGCCGACGCUCCCUGCUUUGGACAUCCGUGGGACAGUGUAUAUGUAUGCUAUUUAUAGGACUUUUCAUUCGGAUCAAGCCUCCCGUCAGAGGCGUGCCAACACCGCCUGUUGGCUACGUCGCGCUUGCGUGCAUCUACAUAUUUGCAGCGAUGUUUCAGUUCGGUUGGGGUCCCGUCUGCUGGAUUUAUUGCUCCGAAAUCCCCACGGCGCGACUUCGAGCGAUCAACGUCUCUAUGGCGGCAUCGACUCAAUGGUUGUUCAACUUUGUCGUCACUCGAGCUGUGCCUACCAUGUUGGUCACAGUGGGUGCACAUGGCUUUGGCACCUACAUAAUUUUCGGAACCUUCGCAUUCACAAUGUUCCUCUUUGUCUGGUUCUUCGUUCCCGAGACUAAGGGACUGUCGCUCGAAGCUAUGGACGCGCUUUUUGGUGUUGUACCACAUGGCAAUGCAUCGGUUGAGUCUGGCAUGCGAUCGGGAUCACGCGAUAGUCUAGAGAAGGAGGCAGCUACGCAGAUUGAGACCAUGAAUAACAAGAGUAGCGAGCGGAACUGA